CUCCCAUUCUAUUGUCGUGAGUAGCCAUCUCAAAUCAGCCAACUUUUCCUUUUUUUCCCUUUGUCAAAUCAUUUUCCUUUUGUCUGUGUCUCCCCUAUCCUUAAUCCUUUCUUUUUUUCUUCCUAUCAUCUCUUUGCAUUACUGGACUGGUUCCAUUCCCAACGCCUGCAUUCACUUAGACGCAAUUCCCAUAUAACACGCCAUCCCAUCCAGCACGCAUACGCAACCGUCUACUCACGCCAACUUCUACGAAAAGAAUUUCCAUAAAACUCCAACAUGGGUAUUUUCAGCAAGACUGCCCUUCGUGGCGCCGGUUACUGGGUUCUCCAGGCCCUCCGCGUCUUUACCGUCAUCUCUCUCCUUGCCGCCGUGGCAUCAUGCUGGGUCCUCAUGAUCAAGGUGGACAAGGGCCGCACAUUUUUUGUUUUUGAAUGCAUCUCGCUCUUCUUCACAUCCGUCAUUGCAAUCGCACUCAUUGUUUCCGAAUUCCCCAUGGUCUCCUUCAUCCGCAACUACUUCCGCCAGGCAUGGCCGGUGCUCUCAGAGUCCUACGGUGUGGGAUGGCUCGGUGCUGCCAUGGUGGUGAUUGGAUGCAACGUGCUCGGGUCUCUCAACGAGCCCGGCUUCGACCCUGAGAACCUCGGCAGCAACUUUACCAGCCUGGUGCAAGCCGGCGGCAUUCUCUGCCUCAUCUUUGGUGCCCUCAAUGUCCUUGCCUCGCUCAUCUGGCGCGACGGCAAGGAAAAGAUCACGUCGCGCGACAUCCGCGCCGACGGCUCCCUCGCCAAGCAGCGAGAUGUCCUUCCCAGCUCUUACUCGGCCAGCGCUGCCUCCUCGGUGCACCGCGAAAAGCAAGGAUUCCGACAGAGCGUCUUUUCCGUCUUUGGAAAACGCCCACAAAACGGAGGUGCUGCCGGUAAGACUACAAUCCCCAUCAUCAGCGGUCCAAUCUAUACUCACCCUAAUCCCGAGUGUAACAACCCACCGCCCAACUACGCCCUGUCUUCUCCCAACCCUACAACAGUGACCUCGGGGUCCAAAGAGAGUCCUGUCGUGCGCGGCGUCAUGCGUCCUCCUACAGCUGAGCAUCCCAUGCUCUCUGGCGGGCUCGCGGCUCCUCCAGCGGCCCUCAAAGCACAAAAGACGGGCACAAGCAGCAUCUACUCGACAGAUGGACAUUACGCACGGCGUUACUCCCAAGUCAACUACAAGUAUUUCUGAGGGGUCCAAUCGUUCUGGCUUGAGUGCUAGUCACUGGAGACUGCUGCAUAGGAUAUGGCGUUUAAGAGGUUGCUGCUACUGCAUUUGUACAUUUUCUUCAUUUGCUCGAUACCCACGGGUCUUGAUUUGCUUUCUGUUCUGUCAUGAAGUUAUAGAUUUAUUUUCGUAUUUGCAUAAAUUUACUUCGUUGUAAUAUUUCAG